AUUUCAAUCCAAUCUGUGCCAAUAGUUGUGACAUCCCCUCGUUAUCAUACAGGUAUUUGGUGAUCCAAACAAAAAAAAAGAUUUUAUUUUUUACCCACCAUGAAAGGCAUACUGGUUGCAAACUUAAUUUCGUGAAGUGUUACAGCCCAGGGACUUCUGAAAAGCAGGCAGUGCUUUGAGGUGAUUGUUAAAGGUCCCCACCAACCCAAGACAUCCAUGGCUCUGUGAAGCCCAUUUUCCCUCUUUAUGAGCUGUGAACUGCCUAAGGGCCCCUGUGAGGACCUUGUAGACCUGUACUUUUCACACUUUCCUUUAAUUUAUGUUUUGCUUUGUUUUGUUUUUUUGGUUCUUUCUUUAUCUCACCAGAUAAUGGUGAUUUUUGACACGCGCCAUCGUUCCCACAAUUCCCCUAAGAGAGCUGUUUCAGACUUCCAGAGGCAUUAACGCUGCAUAAGAUCUGCAAGGAGCCUAUCCUGCUAAUAACUGACAAAGCUAUUGGUGAUGGUUAACCAGGCAAACGCAGCUGGGUUUAUCUUUUGCGCUCCAGCUGAGCCUCCGACAGCAGGAGUGUGCGCGACUGCGUGGCACGCGCACGUGUCCUCCCCUCCGGUAGGGGGCACUCGCCCCCUGCUGGCCCUCUUGCCUCCCGGUUGCUUGGUUACGGAGCGCGUCCAUCCGUACGACGGGAGCGGCGUGGCCCCGUCCGCGGCGCUGGGCGGGGAGAGGCGAGCGGCGGGGUCUUUGGGGGCUCGGGGGCCGUGCUGUGCCUGCUGGAUGUGUUUGCGGUGUCGCGGCUGCUGGCGUGUCCUCGUGGGAGGCUGAGUACUGCAGGAGAGAAUCGCUGGAAAACAUGAGCACUUUGAACUGAGUUAUCUGGAAGAGCUGGCUGUGGUUACAGGAACAGGCUGAGUGCGGGGAAUCUCAGUGGGACAGCCUGAAGAUCAAAUUAGCAAUAGUUACUGCUCCUAGAAAGUGAGCGUGUGCAAGAUUUAACACCAGGUCAAUUGCACUGUUUAAGAAUAUUAUCCUCUCCAGAGGUCAAAGAGUUCACAUAAGCCUGCCAUGAAUAUAAAUAAAAAUAUUCCUGAUUAAUUAAUUGCUCAGAAAGUAAGGCUAUCCUCUGAAGAAAAAUGAAAAAACAAGCUUGUGAUCACAGGGUAAUGAACCACGGAAAUAGAACUCUGAGAGAAGACAGUGAUGAGAAAAAUCAAAGUUGCUCUGAAAAAGUUAACAGUGAAAAUGCCACUCAUAGUCAUAAAAGUAAUGUUGUAAAGCUGCCAGUAAUAGCAUCGUUUGCAGGUACUGCUAAAAAAAUUCCACCUCAGAAGCCAAGACAUGGCAGAUCUAAUUUUCAAACCAGUAACUCCCCGGUCUUGUUAGAAAAGACAAAAGCUGUUAGUAAAGUAAAGGAUAGAGCGCGUAUGCUACAGGUGAAUCCCUACAACUUAAGGAAUGAUAAAGCUGAAAAAAUAGGUACUGUGAUUAAAGAUAGUGAUGAGUUUAGCUCUGCAGAUUUAGAGAGAAAUGAAAACAUUCCCAGGAAGGAAAAAUUAACCAGGGAAAGCUGUAAGAAGAGAAGCAAAGAGAUUUCAAAACUAAAGCAGCAAGAUUUACGUGUUGAAUUGGGACGAUUGCUGAGAAAAGGAAGCAAGCAGCCAAGUGUGAGGUCUGCUCAGGAACAGUUGGAAGAGGUAAGAGAUGUGAUUAGACUAGACACUUCAAAAAUAUAUGAGAACUUCCAGCAGAGCAAACCUGAAGAGCCUACUUCCACAGCAGCAUUGCCUGUGAAACUGGUUGCAACGUCUGUUGAUGAAAUAAUUGCUUCCCUGCAGUCUACUUCUCCAUCUUCCUCAGAACAGAUGAUCAAAGAACUCCUGGAGAGUGUUCUUGGCCAGAAAUGCAACAUAAAAAUGGAACAGGUCCCAAUUGAAUGUAAGGAAAUAAAAACUGAUUCUCAAGCUAGCAAGGAAGUCCUGCCAAGUUUUCACCAAGCAAGCCUGAUACCAGUUGUUCAAAAAGAAUCUCGCGCAGCAGAAAAUGAAUCUCAGCCUUCAGAUGAGCUGUUAACAUAUAAUAAGCAGGUGAAACAGGCUCCGUCCACAGAUGUGCUAUGGGUGGAAGGGAAAACGAUAUCAAAAAUUAAACCAAAUGAGGUUCAGAAAGAUCUACAAGAGGAACACAACUUGCAACAGUGUUUGUCUUUCCUGCCCACUCAUGCUUCAAAUGUCAAACAGCAAAGUUAUUUAAGCAUUCAUCAUCUGUGUACUGCUUUUCCCGGAUUUAUGUUGCCUCCAUAUCUACAAAUGGCUUCGAGAAUUUAUCAUACUUCAGACAGAAGAGGUCACAAUAUCUUCUUUACAGCAGAGGAUAUAGAAAAUAGGCGGAAAGAAUCCAUAUGUUCUGAAUAUAUUUACUUGAAAGAACAAGCUGAAAGGAAAAGUGUGAAUGAAGCCCGCUGCAGCAGAUAUACACCUGACAGUGGCAUUGUAAAAUUUGUUAUGAAGGAGUUUCCUGCUUCAGAACUGUUUCAGAAUAAUCAGAAAGAUGGGAUUUGUUCUCUUCUACCUCGUACAUCAAAAACUCUAGCUGAGUGGCAAAAAGCUGAUUAUAGUCUUAAAAAAGCACAGCUUCAACUCAUAGGAGAGAAAGUUUCCAUUUAUCCAGAAGCUUUGAAAAUGUUUUGGGCUCCUGUUCCACCAAAAUUCUUUGCUCCGAUUUCUUCUAUGAAGGAAAUUUUAUUUCCUAAAUAUGAGAGCAAUGUUAUUGAAGAUAUCACAUAUGAAGACUUUUUAAAUGAUUAUGAAGAAGAGUUAGAAGCUGAGCAAGCUGAUCUUGAUUUCUAUGGUUAUUUGCCGACAGAAAAUCAGCUGAGAAGAUGCCAGUCUUUCUCACAUUUUUCUGACAGGGAGAGCUCAAAGAUAAAUUUGAUUAAAAGAUCAGUCUCUGCUCCGGAGAUGACUACUUUCAAACAUGAAACUGUAUUAAAGAUAUCAGCUAAUUUCAAAACCAGCAUGAAAGAGUUGAAGUUUAUGAAGCAACAAAUAGCUGAGCCAAAGGUUGAGACUGGGAUUGUGAAAAGCUCCCCUGCCAAGCAUCUUUUGAAUCAAAUCUGUGAUGAUUGCCCCUCAAAGCUGACAAACGCACCAGUGGAAAAUAUGCCUGCUUUGACUGGACAAGAGGAUAGUGUACUUGCAAAGAGAGCUCAAAAGGCUGGAAUUAAAUAUGUUAUUGUCCCAAAAAGAAAGAAGAAGAAGAAAUCAAGGAAAGCAAUAAAUACUAGAAAAUUAGAAGCUGUGAUUAAGAAAUUAAACCAACCUCCAAGAAUUCUUAAAAGGUCUGUGUCUCUAGGAAGACUUCUUAUUCAUAAUAAAUUCAUUAUCAAGGUGUCGCCAGCAAUCAAACUAUAUCAAAGCCCAAGCAUCCCUUGUUUGUUGGAUUUUGAAAAGUUUGCUAAAGUGAGGGGUGGAAUUCCAAAAGAAACUUCUGCUCGUACAUGGGUCAGUGGAAUCUGGAGCGGCUGGUUUGAUGAAACAUUCCCUGCUUGUGGGACUGUUGUUGAGAAGGAUACUGAAUUGCUAGAAGGAGCUAAGGCAGCGGGCUCUAAAGAAACAAAUCUACAAAUAGAACUAGUUGACUCAAUACAACCUGUUCUGCUUGAUGAUGCAGUAGUUAGUACUGAAGAUUUAGAAGAAGAAGUAAGAAGACUGACUGAUCUAAUAGAAAAGGUUGGGCGUCCUUCAGCUUUUCAAUACUGCAGGCGUGGAGCAAUACGAAGAAAGUUAGGCAAGCUAAAAUCAGCUAUGGAUGACUUGGAAAAAGCUAUAAGCUUAGAACCGCUACUACUUGAUGCUUACUGGCAUAGGCAUUUGAUUUACCUCUUUCAGGACAAAUUUUCUGCUGCUUUAAAUGACCUGAAUUUCAUAACUAAAUGGAACAAAAAUAAAGCAGAUGCAUACCUGUCAAAGGCUGAAAUUUACAGAAAACAGGGUGAUAAUACAAUGGCAAUCAUCAAUUACAGCUCUGCAAUACAAUGCAACUCUAUGGAUGAUGACAUUUAUUUCAGAAGGGCUGAGUUGUAUUUUGAGGAAAAUCAAUUGUUGUUGGCUGUAGAUGAUUAUGCCAAAUGUUUUCAAUAUAACCCAAAAAGAACAGAUGCACUUAUGAAACAUGGAAUAUAUUUCUUUGACUGUUCAAUUUUGACUACAGCUAUUCAGGAUUUUACAGCUGUGAUUAGAGAAGACCCUAGCAAUGCUCAAGCAAGGCUAUAUCGAGGAAGAGCAUAUGCUAAACAGAAGCAGUAUAGAAAUGCAAUACAAGACUUGGCAGCAGCAAUUCAUCUAGACCCCUCUUGUUGGUUAGCAUUCUUCUAUAGAGGUUGCAUCUUACGGGAGAUUGAUCCAAAAAGAGCUCUGCAGGACUUCAGUGUUUCUGUACUCAUCAAUGACACUCAGGAGAAUUUUUCUUCUUUUCUUCAUCGUGGGGUCAUUUACUCAAAGCAACAGCAAUGGUCAUUUGCAAUCCAUGACUUUGAAAGCGUCAUAGCUUUGGACAGCUCUAUCAUCUUUGCGUACCUAAAUAUUGGUUUGAUACUGCUGUUGCAUCUGGAUCAGUACUAUGAAGCAAUUCAACAGUUUACUAAUGCUAUAAAAAUUGAUCCUCUCAAUGUUCAAGCCUACUUGUAUAGAGCACAAGCAUAUCACAAGAUUCAUAAUUUAUCAAAUGCUGUGAAAGAUAUAAAUCGAGCCAUUCAUCUUUAUCCAGAUAAAUCAGAACUACAAAUACUAAGGGGACAGUAUUUAAUGGAGUUGAAGAAAUAUGAGCUGGCAAGCUUAUGUAUUCACCAACUCGCAAAAAUGAAUGAAGUGUCCUUUCAGAUUCAGCCUGCUCAGCAAGCACUCAUACAGUCAUUUUGUCAAAAUCACAGUAAAGCCAUAGAGUGCUUACAUGAAGCUGCUACAACUCAACCUGAGCCUUCAGUGUUUGUCCUCUUAGGAAAAAUACAAAUGAAAGCUGAGAAAACAGAGGAUGCCGUGGGAAGUUUUAAACAAGCUAUAAAUCUCCUGAUGACCUCAGAAAAAAUCCUGCCUCCUACAUUUGAGGCUGCAGAAAUGUAUUAUCUUAUGGGCCUGUGUUAUAUGGAACAAAUAAAUUUAUUAGAGGCCUGUGAUGCUUUUAGUAUGGCUAUCAGACUACAUUCAAGUUACCCUGAUGCUUUUUAUCAACGAGGGCUGUGUCGAAUGCAACUCAGACAAACAAAGUGCAUCCAAGACUUCAAUCAUACACUUGAACUUUGUCCGUCACAUUUCCAGGCAUAUAUGGGUCGUGCUGCUUACUAUGGAAGUAAAGGCAGAUAUUCUAAGGCAAUUAUGAAUUGUAAUGAGGCAAUCAAAAUUCAUCCUAACAGUGUAAAAGCUUAUUUUUACCGAGGAAUACUGAAGUAUCAAAAUAAGUCAUUUAAAGCUGCAAUUGAAGAUCUCUCAAAAACUAUUGUCCUUGACAAUACCUGCAUUUUGGCAUAUUAUAACAGAGCAAUCUGUUAUCAUCAAAUAAAGAAUUUCAGAAAGGCUUAUUGCUAUUACUCAGAGGUACUAAAGCUUGAACCAAGAAAUGAAUCUGCUAUCAUGAAUCGUGCUGUUACAAAUACAAUAUUAAAUUUUGAAGAGGCAAAAGAAGACUUUGAGAAGGCAGUUUGCCUCUGUCCAUUCUCUGCAGCAGUGUAUUUUAACAGGGCAAAUUUCUAUAAUGCAUUAAAGCAGUAUGAACUAGCUGAGAAAGACAUUUCAACAGCAUUGUCAAUUCAGCCUAAUGAUGCCAUGAUGUACAGACUUAGAGCUGAUAUUCGUGCUAAAUUGGGUUUCAGUAGAGAAGCUGUAGAAGACUACAAGAAAGCAAUCAGCAUACAAGAACAGACUGAUGACAUGUGAAAAGAUACUGGUUCUAUUUACACAUCUCUCACACUUUAAUUAAAAGUCCUAUGUGCAAGAAA